UGCCUCGCCUUUCGUUGUUUCUCGUCCCUUUCUGAGAGCCGCGGUGGACAGACGAAAAAGAGGAAAGAGAGCGAGAAGGAGGGAGAUCCGCGACAGCACACGAUCAAGAGACGCGGCUUUUGAGUUCUCGUCGCGUGUUUCAUCUCAGUUGUCGAUCCUCGAUAAAGGAGGCCGAGAAAACGAGCAAACCGAGACAGAUGCAGUGUAGUCUGCGCAAAGACGCUCGAGGAGAAAGAAGCAAGGAGACGACGGUCCUCGUCGUCGACUCAAAUCGCCUCAAGGCCAUGCCGACCCUCGACGGCCUCAGAAAUCUACGAAUCCUCAACCUCGCACACAAUCAAAUCGCAGAUUGGUGGGCAGGAAUAGACCAGUGCCCGAAGCUGCAGGUGCUCGACAUGUCCUGCAACGAAAUGAGUUUUCUUCCUAGCCAGGCUGUUCGCUACCUGCAUGUCUUCGCCACUCUCAAACACCUCACGGAAGUGGACCUGCAGGGGAAUCCCUUUUCGUAUCUUUUUCCAGAACAUGCAGCCGCACUGCUCCACUUCUCUCUGAUGGCAGGCGCCAAGUUGCAGGUUGUCAAUGGAGAGAAAGUUUCCUCCUCCGGACUGCUCGCGGCUGCCCAAGACAGCGAUGCCGUCUUCCAACGAAUCGAUGAAUACGACAAUCUCUUCUUGGAUCGACAGGAGGCUGCUGAGAGCAGGCCGGACGUCUCGCGCUAUGCCAAGGUGGAAGAGGAACGAGGACAUGCGUCGACCCUCCAGAUGAUGAGGCUGCUGGAACAAGCUCUCCAAGACGACAGAUCGCUUGAGCCUUGCGUCAAAUUUUUCGACCUCUGUAGUCAGGUGUACAACGCAGACGACGAGGACGCGCUGAAGGACCUCUGGGUAAAUGUGGAGCGCUCUGAUUCGGCCAAGCGAGUCCUAGCAAAACAGUUGGUGGACAAUGCGCUCGUUCUGAUGGAGCGCGACGAACGUUCCCGUCCUCUCAUUCUUCGAGGCCUGGCCAAGCUCUGCGUGGUGAAGGAGGGGAACAUGAGUGGGGAGUGCCUCCGAGGUAUUUCGCUCCUUAUUCAGCAACAGGAAGUCGCCGGAGGAGCAGAAUCCGAGAAUCUGGACGCUGCCCAGGUUCUCGCAGACGUCGUCCUCCCUGCGCUCACGGAAAGAGCUUCCGAUGAGUACCACACGCUGUCUGUGAUAAAAGGCAUUUCGUCGAUGAAGCCAUGCCGUCGUCUGGCGGAAGCUCUCGGCAGUUGCAUCCCUCUUCUCUCAGACCUUCUCCAGUCCUUCGCCACAGAAGAGACAGUUUACCGCGUCAUUGCCAUUGCAUGCAUGUCGGCAGAAAACUGCGUAGAGGCCACCGGGCAGGGAAUACCUCAGACAAUCUGCCGAACUCUCCUGCAAACCGAACUUCCUACAGAAGAAGCCGGGCGCCAGCUUUACAACGACUUGUGCAGCAUUGCAGGACGGUGUGCAUGGCAUGUGAGGAAAGCUGCUCUCUACAUGACAAAAGCCAGACUGCACACAGAAGUCUUUCUUUUUUACAUGAGAAACCUCAUGGGAGAAAGACUUCCGUCCAGUCGCCUCACCGUUCGAGAGGCGAAGCUGUGCUACGGCCUCAUGAUGGGUGUCUACGGAAUGAUGAAAAGCAGUCCAGAGGCAAUGAAAGAGUGUUGCGAGCAUUAUCAUCUCGCCGAUCUUCUUCUUCCUGCACUGAAAGAAGGAACGGCGAAUCCCCUCAUCCUCGCAGCCAGUGCAACAGGCAUGAGAGUGAUUCUCGAGGAUCCGGCGCAGCGCGGGCAUCUCCUGCGCUACGUGACGGAAGAGAUGCAACAUAUCGUUCCGCUGCUCCAGUACCUCGGCGGCUCGAGAUAUCCCUCCGUCUGCGACCAGGCUGCGUACCUGGAGAGAAACACCGACAGCUUGCCAUUUACGCCGGAGGUUCCUCCACUGUCUGGACUGAAUAAUCCUUACGUGCUCAAACCGCUGUCAGCUGUAGCAAAGUUAAUUGCUUUCUACUUGACUGAAGAAGGAGAUGCGUACUGCCUGGGAAUAAACGAGAAACUCUGCACCGCUCAUCGAGAACAGUUCCUUCUGAAUUUGCUUCAAGUGAGAGAUUCAGAUGUGAAGCUCGCUGCCAUGGAGUGUCUCUGCAAGGUGCCGAUUCGAUACAUCGACAUCGACACUCUGCGGAGCAUUGUGGCUCUCCUGCCCGCCCUCCACCAUCCAGAAAAUGGAAGCAACAGCGCAGUUUUGAGGCUCGCCGUGCAGCUUCUCGCUCGCGUAGUCUCUGACCCGUUCAGCAACGCUUGUGGCCAGUUGGCCAGGCGUCUAGGCGACUCCGUCAUUGAAGAAGUCUUCAAACUUCUUGUUCGCAACCUCACUUUGCGUUCGUCCACUGCGAGAAAACAAGCAGAACAAGAACGCGAACAGCUAAGCGUUGCAUGCGUCGACUUUCUUCGACGGGCAUCCGCAGUCGAGGACCUUCGUUUCUCGAUGCGAGCGACACAGAUCGGAACGUUUUUCGCUGCGAUCGUAAAGGCCGAAGAACGGCAGAUCAACUGGGUGUCUGCGGAUACUUUCGAUGUCGCGGUCGAACGAACUUGGACAGGCCGCGAAAUGAAGUUUCUUCUCCUCAAUCUCUCUGGUCUGGAGCGCGUGGAUGUUCGCAUGAAGUCGGCAUUUCGUCUUUUGUCAAGGAUGGCAGAUGUCCUGGAGGGCCAUCCCGACCAUCUUGACGCUCGCGAAGAGCACAUCACACUUGCAGUUCUCUCGAAGCGCGAACAGAAAAUGUGGGAUGACGCGGAAAUUCGGAGGCGGCAACUUUACCUCGAUGACUCAGAAAGACAAGACCGGGCGAACCAGCAGUCGGAAUUCAUUCGCCUGCGUUUGGCGGAGCGUCUUCUGCUUCUGUUGAUGCCUCUAGCGAGUGCGGCUACUCAGAGUCGAUUUGCUCAACAGAAACGGGAAAAACGCGACCCCGAGUACUGGGCAGGACGCUUCAAAGCGGACAUCGAGGACAUGGAAGACGACAUUGCACGCCGGGCAGAAGCGGCGGAGGCAAAGGCGUUGGCUGAGGCUGGUGGGGGCGACACCGUCGCGAACGUAACUCCGAAAGUCGCAGCUCGGCGGAAGGCAAGAAGCAGAUUUCGAAAGCAAAAGGAGGAAGAAGAAGAAGAAUUCGACGACCCGGCGCUGGAGAAUCUCCACGAGGAAGAGAGCGAGUCUGCGCAGGCUCGCGAGCGUCUGAUGGAGGUAUUGAUGAACACAGACAUCGCCGUGGAUCCCGAGAUCGCCGCAAUGUACACUCAAGGAGGGUCGCCCAUGUACGGUGCCGAUGGGCUUUGGCUCAACCUCUUCAGAGGCUUCCUGAAUGUCGCGUGGAUCAUCGCGGCGUUCCUCCGCUGUCUGUACGCCUGCGUGCAAGGCGCGACAUCUUCCGCCGUUGUGAACGAGACGGUCGCAGUACUUCGACGAGUGUCGUUUCUUCGGAAACUCAUUUCUCUGGUCGAAGCCUGCCCGGUGAUGACAUGUCACAUCGCUGCGAAAUUCUUUCGUCUGAUGAACCGCGUCCUGCGAAUGCAACCCCAUCAGUCGGCAGAGUCAAUGGACCUCGUCGUCAACUACGCCUUGAUCGCUGACUUUUCGGUGUACGUGACGCAUCCGCUGCUGUUCGUCUUGAAGCAUUCCGCGAGUCGACCACUGAAUCACGAAGAACAGAUUCUCUGCGGAGAGGUUGCGAGCUUCUACGCAAUGCUCGCGCGGCAAACGUCGUACGUCAAGUACUCCUCCGACUACCAAGUGCAGAAGUGGGCAACAGAAAUUGCCCUCGAGAAAUUCUUCACUACAGCGACUCUGCGGACUCUCGUUGGCAUGCUGCUCUUCGACAUUCAAAUCGACGCGGGAACGGCUCAUGGGAGUUACAUUUCGCAUCUCUUUGCGGACUUAGCUCCAAUGCGUGAACGAAUGAGAAUCGAAUGUUUGACAGUUUUGUCUGAGGUAGUGCAGCGGUGUCCUUCGCGUCUCGGCUAUGAAGCCUUGGAGGCUCUUCAGGUGGCGCGUGUGUUUAACCAUCAUCCCAUCCGAAACUCGAUUCAGUACGAGUUGCUCGACGACGCCAACACCGGUCACUUUCGUUCAACUCUCGAGCUGUUAUUGUCGGAGCAUUCUCAACGUGCAGAGCGCAUUCUGCAGCUCGCUGUUAUUCACUGGUGGACGCCGACGUCUCAUCUGGACACGACUCCAGUCAGACAAAUUGUCGCCGUCAGUAACUACGCCUUCUACAUCGUCGACAAGCCAGAUGGGCUGCGCGAUCCGAGUACCCCAGAGGUGGAGUAUCACCACCAGAAGAGUGGGCGAAUUCGGAUUGUGCAGAAAAAGAGAUACAAAAACAUGACCCGUGUCGUCAAAGGCUUCCCAAGUCACGACUGGCUAGCUGUCGGGUGGAAGGAGCCGCGCUCCAGUGGUGACGGAUUUGAUGAGCUGUUCGACGUCAUCAUCUGCGAUAAGCUUCUCGCCGCGGCUCCCAUCAUUCAGUGUCUGCAUGCCAUCUCCGGUCGUGUAGAUGAAGAGCGGGUGGAUGUUCUGAAAGAUUCAGUGAUGAAGGAGUGCGUAGCAACAAUUGUCGACCCAAAGCUCAUUGAGGCAGCCUCCAUUGCUCUUCGCCAGAGAAUCAGUCCUGAAGCGAGGAAGGCGAAGGAGAAGCCAAACCCCUACGACCGGUACCAAGCUCUCUUCGUUCUUACCCUCUCAACCGUCUACGAGAUCAAGAUAAACUGGAAAUUCUGGUUCUGUCUGAACCCUCUCGCCUGCCGCGAGGCUGGAGGCAUUCGCGAAGCCGACGAAGACGAGGAAGAGAAAGACGACCAGACUCGUUUGAGAGGUCCCGAAGAACAAGGCGGCGCCUUGGGGAAUUUCGUCGGCUGGAUGGGAGACGAAGAAGACUCUUGGGCGCAGGAUCGAAUGCAAAUCGAACGGAACGAAGCCGUAGAGAAUUCAGAUCAGGUUCCUUCUUGGAUGGAUACGAUGGGAGACGCGACAGCUCCGCACCUGCGUCGACUCAAGGCGGCCAAGGCGAAUUUGUUAACUGUGACUUUCAAAGGCAGAAUCGAGGACAUUCGUCAGGUUGAAUUCGGGGGGAAAGAAGAGAGCACAGUGGAAAUGACAUUUCGUCAAGGCACAGGUUCCAGCGCGAACGAAGAGGUGAUCGCCGUGGUCUUUUCUGAUGACGCCGCUCGCGAGCAGUGGCGACGUUGUCUCGCGAAGGCUCUGAAUAGGACAGACGAAUCCGACACCUGGAUGCGCCGGUGGAAAACCUAGUGGCGGGGUGGAAAAGAAUAGCCACAAAAUCGUUGUGUCUUUCCCUCUGGAACAACACGGCAAAACUCGAAUGUCCAUACUCGUCCAGCAGAAUUAAUUUCAGAGUAAUUUCCUGGACUGCGAGAUCGACACCUUUGUGCAUUUAUUGAGUUUCUCGGUAUAGAUCUCUAGAAAUUUUCUUCGGUCUCUGCAAGGACCUGUGAGGUUCAGAUGCGCCUUUCUUGAGGCAGGUUUUACGCUCGCGUAUGUCAGCACCAUCGCGUGCACAAAACCACAUCUCUGACAACGAGAAACAGCAAAGUUUCGUUGUGGCCUGAUUCUGAAAACCAUCUUUGCUGAGUUCCCGGCUUCAGGCUUGGAAGUCUGCAUUCUCGUAAUGACAGGGACUUUGUGUGAGUUUGUUCAUCUUUUACCCGUGUUCAGUGGGAAGUAGUCUUCAUGUAGUUGAUAUUCUUUCUCCCGCUAUGACGGCCCUCGCACGCUUCGAGGCAUGCAAGCGGCUCGACUUUUGUACAGCUGUAAGUCGGUAUAGAUUAGCAAGUGCUUUUGUGAAACGUUUUUCAGUGGUUAAGUUUUUGUUUCCUUUUGAAAAUUUUAAACAGGUUGCGACGACAGCCGCUAGCAGGUUUUUCGAGGGCGUAAUCUCUCUCAAGGCGUCGUCUGUGUUGUUCGGGGUGUUCUGUGCGUGCUGUUUUUUCUGGUUGUAUGUUUUUUUAGUGGGCGGACAACUCUUUUCAGUUUGUUUCCUCCCGUUUUCAAGCGUGCGGCUGAGAAUAUAUAUGCGGGACCUCUUCACCAUUGGAACUCUAAUUGGAUAACUGGACAAAAAGUAAUAGUCUUGAAAGGAUCAGUUGUGUAUACCACAGGCUAUGUCAGUGACGUGUGCGCUGCAGACUUCGCUAGGUACCGGUGCAAAAGCUCGUAGUAUACACAAGACUCAAUUCUAAGUAUCUAGUUUUUGACUUUCGAAGUGCAUGUCCACCAAAGUGGUAAACGUGUUAUGAAGAACAACUCUGACCGUUUGUUCUACAGAAUAUUU